AUGCUCGGGUGGGCGUUGAAGAAGGGCUUCCAAGGCGCGACCGGGCAGCACGACGCGCUGGAUGUUGGAGAGGAUACAACACACAUCGAUGUUCCAGACACGCCAGCACCCAUAUUCGCUGCACGCGCAAUCAAGAAUGCCAUUUGGGGCCAACCUACUGCGACAACGGUACUAGAACCAACAGCUUCGACCAAGACAGAACGCGCUGAACCGACAACGGCCACCGCGACUGCCGAAGCUCCGAGCGAGAAUAGAUCACCAAACAAACCAAACAGCAUCCUAUUGACACCAGGCACUGGAACCUCCCGUCGAAAGCGCGUUUCGUUUGGUCAUGAUGUGAAGGCUGGCAAUAAUAUUGACUUCAGCCCCCUGGCCGCAAACUCUGCUGGUACCGGCCGACAUCGAAGGAGAACCACUCUACAACAAGCAUUGGAAAACUCCCGCUCGGCCAAGCCCAAGCAGACUGCGAAGCCGAAAAGCGAGGCUACUGCGAUUACAAGUCUGCCCGACGACGAGUCUGAUGGCGAUUGGGAAGACGAUAUUUGUAACCAGGACGUAACAUUGGAUAUUAAUGAUCCCCAUUCGGAGUCGGGGAAAUACUGGAAGUCCGAGUUCAAUCGAUACCGCGACGAAGCGAAGUCAGGCAUGGAGAAGCUAGUCACAUUCAAAGCCAAUGCUAAGUCCUACGCCGCGAAGAAAGAUGCCGAGGCUAGCAUGUUGAGCCAGAAGCUGGUGGAGGAGCAAGCAAAGGUAGUCAAGUUGGAGGAGAAGAUCGCCGACAUGAGUGCCCAAAUCGCAGAGAAGAGACGACGCGGCACCGACAAGGACAAUUCCGCCAUGAAGAAAGACCUGGCCAAAUCGACGGCUAUGAUCUCUGAGUACCGCGAUCGCGUAAAGGAGCUGGAGGCCCUUCUGAAGAAAAGCCAGAGUGAGUCAAACUCGGCCAGGUCGCAACAGUCGCGCAUCAACACCUCUCCACGGACUGAGCAGAACAUCCUUGAGGUCAGCCGGGAACUCAGAAAGGCGCGAUCAGAACUCCGACAGCUAGACCGAUAUCGCGAUGAAGUCAAGCAGCUGAAGUCUGAUCUGGCAGCAUCACAGCGACGCGUGGCAAAGCUUGAGGAGGACAAGCUCUUGUCUCAUGGUCCAGAAUCGACACGGGUACAAAGAUUGGAAAAACAGUUACGGGAGGUCAAGGAAGAGUCUCGGGAGAAGGACAGGGAUCUGAGAAAGCUGCGAAAGGACUAUGAGACUCUCAAAAACGACGCCAAGGCCCGAACGGUUGAAGCCAUGCAGGUAUUGCAAGCCAAAAACGACAAGAUAUCCGAGCUGGAGAAGAUUAUAAAGGCCCUGGGGGCAGCCAAUGUUUCGAGCCAUCAUCCCAAGGACCUCGACACAGCCAUUGCCGAGCACAACAGGAUCACGCGUGAUCUGAAGUCAGGCAUUCAAUCACUUACCACGGAGCCGAAAGAAGAGAAAGCCAGACCGAUACAGCGUCCGAAGCGCUCGGCUUCAGUGGAGGAUAUUACCCUUGACAUGACGCAGAGAUCUCUACUCGGAGAGAAGCAACGAGCACCAGAAAGAACACCUAUGGAGCCACUGUCUCGUCAUAACACAGCCGACUGGGCAGUAAGCUUCGAUUUCGAGGAACAAUUGAAGAAGGACAGAAAAGAGCGCAUCGAAGCUGAGAAGGGAGAGAAGGAACUUAUCAUGGUAGACCCUGAUGUUGUACAGCCUCUUCCAACCUUUGGCACCAGAGCUCCAGUACCGUCCGCUGGCUCUCGGAGAGCCGUUUCGGAUGUCCUCUCGAACCGCGUCAACGAUUCGUCCCCGAAAGAUUCAAUGCGACGCGUUCGUGUGCCGACGAACAAGCGAUCCUCGUCCAAUAACCAGGGCAAGAUCAGUGGUAGCGCUGCUGGCCUACGUGCUUCAUCUCUCGCUAUCGACAGAGCUGAAAUGCAUGGGGCUCUGGAUAAGGCAGCAUCACGGGCAAAGCCUCAGGCGGCUUCCAGUCGUCCACUGUCCUCCGGCAGUGAAGCUCCAGGUAUCGACCUUGUACAAGAUCAAUUCGCACGACUUGGAGGCCCUGAGGCUGAGCGAACCAGCUCGGGAAACACUUCACGCUGCGCAUUGCCUGCCGAUCGCCAGGCUGCAGCUCGAGCACGCCUGCAACAGAAGAGGCUACGAAGACAGAAAGUCGGCGACCGUGAGCUUGAUAAGGAGAACGUGAUGAUGUGA